UUACUUUUAGAACUUUAGUCGCUCAACAGUCGUCGAUAUGAGUGUGUGAUCGUUUCUUCAGCAAGCGCGCGUUCACGUGCAACACCAUGUCAUUUCAGACUCGUAAAAGUGCCAUUUUUUGCUUAAUUGUGUAUUUUUUCACAUGGAUAUCGGCGCAAGAUUUAAUGUGCUGUUCGCAUACCACCGGCUCCUGCAGAAGUGUGUGCGAGAAGAUAUCUUUGGCUCAACUGGCCGCCGAUAGUCGUCUGAGGAACGAAACUGUGGAAGAAGUACGGAAAUUCUGUUCACCUCAGCUGAGUCCAUUCUGGGAGUGCCUCAAUGCAACAUUCAAAGAUAUGUCACGUGGAGAGUCGUGGUCAGGCCGCGUGUGCUGUCCCAUCCCCCAAAGCAACAGCUGUCGACGGGCCUGCAUUACGGCGACUUCCACCCAAGACCUGGCCCAAGGCUGUCGCCAAAGCGACGAAAUUGAGUUUUUUCGUUGCUUAGAUCGACAAAAAAGCGGUGAAGAGUGUUGCAGUAAUGCAAGAAGUGACGAUUGCCACCACGUCUGUCUUGAAAUCUUCAGGAGUCGCUGGACGCCCAACCCCCCACUCCGACUCAAAGUCCAAGAAACAUGCGAAGCCAACAGUCCGAAAGUUAUGGAGUGUGUCAAGGAUUUCAUAAAAGUGACGCCAGCAAAAGAUUUGCACAAAAAGAAGCACUGCUGCGACAUGUCCAACCAGAGCAAGUGCCGUGAAACUUGCAAAAAACUCCUCUCCAUGAAAAACAUCACGGUGCAGGAGAGCAUAGAUGGGUUACAGUUGGGUGGGUGUGGGUCACCCCUCCCACAGGAGUACUUUUGGUCGUGUUUCCUGAAAUCGACUGAAACGGCUGAAACAGCCGUCGAAGUUUCAAGGAUCGAAAGAGUUGGCAUGGACUCGGCAAAAUCGCAUUGCUGCCCUCGAGCCGCAAGUCACUCCUGCCAAAAACUGUGCACCAAGACAUUCACCAAAUUCUGGUCCACGUCUUGGGACGAGUUUUACAACAGGUGUUUGACACAAGUGGCGGAGGAGAACUUGAGAAAUUGCAUAGAUGAAGUUGACGAACCUUGCGAACUUGGUUGCGACGGCCUUAGUUUUUGCACGAAUUUCAACAAUCGGCCUACUGAACUCUUCCGGUCUUGUAACACUCAAGCCGACGAAGCGGCUCGGAAUGAUGUCUCCGUCUGGCAAUUCCAGAAUAAAUUGACACUUCCUGGACUCAUCCUCCCACUUAAGAACAUCUCCCAGUGCUCCCCCAAUGUCUGGAAAACUGUAGCGUGCACUCUCCAGAUUAAACCCUGUUCGAGACACAGUCAUGCCAACCAAAUUUGUCGCGAUGUUUGUCUGGAUAUCCUCUCGAAGUGUGUGGACUGGACCAGGAUAUCACCUGAACAUUCGGCUGAAACGAUUUGUGCCAGUUUAUCACCAGAAGAUCCCAAUGUUUCCUGCAUCCGCCUUCAAAACUUCUUAUACCCAAGUGAGACAAGUAUCGAGAGAAUCAGCCAACAGGUUUUCUCUCCCUGUAAAGGCAAUCCAUGCGAACCUAACGAAGUUUGUCUCCUAAACCGGAACUGUAUCCACGGUACCAACUGUCUCCCGUAUAAGUGUGUCCCUGGAUGCAAACUGGGCGAAGUCAGCGAGUACAAAGUACCACAUGGUACCUACGUCUGGAUUCCCAAUGACAACAACAACAACCAACAGAGUUGCUUGAAGAUUUGUAGAUGCAACGCGGGGAAAAUUGAAGAGUGCCAACCUCUAUUAUGCGUGAAACUUAAACCAUGUCUCAUGGGUACUGCCAUGCAUGGUACUUCGUUCAAUAUAGACUGCAAAACGUGUAGUUGUUUUGCUAGUGAGGAUAUUUGUAGUAAAAAACAGUGUGAAAGUACUGCCCUGACUGGGGAAAACACUGCGUACACCACUUUGCCUUGUAAUUGUGUUCCACAUUACGUCCCAGUGUGCGGCAAGGAUGGUAACAAUUACCCAUCGGCCUGUUUAGCCAAGUGCGCCGGUUUGACGGACUCUGAAAUUGAACCAGCUCCAUGUGAGGACCCAUGCCGGUCCCAUAGCUGUCCCAUCGGCCACAAAUGCGUCCCAAGACCCCAGAUUUGUCUCUUCUCGCGCGAGCAUCGCGAUUGCAAACAAUACGAAUGCAUUAACGGUACUACCAACUGUCGCAACUUGCCCAAAUCCCCCGUCUGCAGUACCAACAACACCGAAUUCGAAAACUCCUGUCUUUUGGCCCACCACAACGCCAAAUUGGCCUACCACGGGCCCUGUUUGCGUAACUGCCGCCACGAAGGAGUCGUUUGUGGCUUCAAUGGUCGUACCUACAUCUCCGAAUGUGCCGCAUGGGCCGAUAUGGUCUCCGUGGAUUACGUGGGGCGGUGCAGAAGAGUGGGUUUGAUUGGUACCACCAAGACCAAGAGGUGUCCCGACGUGAAAUGCCAGGCUUUGCCCGACCCCAACUGUCUCGGAGUGACCCCUCCAGGGGCUUGUUGUCCCAUUUGCGGUGGUACUCUGAACUUGCUCUACUCGCGACAGCAAAUAAACCGGGCUUUGUAUGCCCUCGACACCAACACCGAUUCUUUGACUCUGAAAGCCAUGUUGAAGGCUUUGGAUCGGCAAAUCCAAGUCGCUCAGUGUGUGCUUCGAGGGUAUUUGACUGUCGAAAUGGAUAUUUUCGUGACGGUGCAAACCACGGAGAAAUACCCGUCGAAGCUCCAGCUCGAGGCUUGUGUGCAAGAAGCCGAGAAAAUCGCAAGUUUGGUCAAUAUGCAAAGCCCGAGGAUUGUCAGUGAAGUCACUCUGAGUUCGCUCACUUUAGCUAACAUCAUUCAUGUGAAUUCUGCGGCGAGUUUGGGUGCGUCACUGGUUUUCGUUGUUGUUUUGUUGAAACUGCUUUGAGCUGCAACCAAAAACUUUUGAUCUCGCGUUGUUUUUAAAGAGGCCAAAUAUUAUACCAAAGAAAUACGACUGCGCUCUAUUUUCGGGCGCUUUGACAAUUAGGUAUUUUUAGAUCGUUACAAAGAAACUCGGGCGAAAUUAUGCAAAGACUUACACAAGUGCCAAAUUGAGUUAGGAUGGGCCAGUUUCUAGCAAAUCUGUGAUAUGUACUAUAUUAUGUAAAUAACUUAUGUUAUUUUACGCCGUUAACAGAGCUGUAAAUAACAAAUGUAAAUAGAAGAGAUGAUUUUAUACUGCUUUGUUUAUUUUAACAAAUUUAAGACUUUGGCGAUCAGUUACGGUUAAGUUUUAUCUGCAAUAACUUGAGUUUAUUUCCUGUGUAAUUUCAUAACCAAAUCAUUUUGUAAUUUAUUGAAAUACAUUUUAAAA